CACAUCAUGGAAGGUGUGAAAACAUAUCUCCAUACAAACUAACUUUGUAGUCUUUUCGAGAUCAUAAAUUUGGUCUCUUGCUAUCAUUUUUAAGGGACAGUAUUGCCUGUUAAUUUGCUCUAAACUACAAUCACAAUCUAACCUUUGCCUUGAGACUUUUACUAGUGAAAUUAUGGAUGACAAAAGUGAUGUGGAAAAGCUUGAUGAAGUGAUGCUGCCUGGUUUUCGAUUUCAUCCGACUGAUGAAGAGCUGGUUGGGUUCUACCUAAAGAGAAAGAUUCAGCAGAGAUCUCUUCCUAUUGAGCUCAUCAAGCAAGUCGAUAUAUAUAAAUAUGAUCCAUGGGACCUUCCAAAGCUAGCAUCUACAGGGGAAAAAGAGUGGUACUUUUACUGUCCAAGGGACCGUAAGUACAGGAAUAGUGCCCGUCCUAACCGUGUAACAGGAGCUGGUUUUUGGAAGGCUACUGGAACUGACAGGCCAAUUUAUUCAUCUGAUAGCACCAAAUGCAUUGGUCUUAAGAAGUCCCUAGUCUUCUACAGAGGCAGGGCUGCAAGAGGCAUAAAAACUGACUGGAUGAUGCACGAAUUUCGCCUUCCUACGACUAACAGUGAGUCAGGACCACCUAAGAAAUUCUUGGAUAAGAAUUUUCCACCAAAUGAUUCAUGGGCCAUCUGCAGAAUAUUCAAGAAAACCAACUCAAUGGCAAAUCGAGCUCUAUCUUACGCAUGGGUAAAUCCGUUAUCUGAAGUAGCAUCUCCAGAGUUGUUCAAUCAAAGUGCUAAUACUCAUUUCAUCUCGGAGAAUGUCUCUUCUAUAACCGAAGCAGGAUCAGUUCUCCACCUAGCCAAUAAUAGUGAGUUACUACAAGGAGUCUCAAAUGUUCCUUCAUAUAAGGCCCUCAAUACUAUGGCUUCAAGACCAUCUUAUCUUUCAAGUCCUAGCACAGACAUUUCCUAUAACUUCAUGUUUUCGUCUCCUGAGGUUUCAGGACAAAACAGCAGGUGUUUACUAGACGCGAAUUCCAUGUUUUUCAACGCAUCCCCUGGCUUAAUCACUGAUAUCAGCAAGACUUCCGAGUCCAUUGACUUUGACGGUCCAAAUCAACAACUGAACAGCUACGCAAUUAGUUCAUCACAAGAGAUGCAAAGAAGUAUAAGCAUGGAAGAUGAUGAAGCAGGAUUAAGGAGUAAUCAAACUUCAACAAAUGAUAAUACUGAAUGGGAAAACAUGAGAUCAGUGGGAUUUCCUUUUAGUUUGACAGCUAGUUUGGCUGAUGAAUGGAAGCCUAGUUUGUCAUGGGAUUCUCCUCCCUGUCCUAGUGAGAUAUCCACCAGUUUCUCAACAAACAAAUGCUACAACUAGUUCUACAUUCAAAUA